AUGUAUCGUACUAGUCUCAUGCGUCCUCCACUCUACCGCCACCACAAAAGAACAAUGCUUCAUCGCCAGAGUUCUCGUCGGUUUCGCAAAAGCACUGGACGUCUCCGCCGUUCCAACAUAUCUUGUGGAGCUAGCACCACCAUCAAAACGUGGAUUCGUGGCUGGCUUGUACUGGACUUGCUGGUUGCUGGGUGCGAUAAUUUCGUCCGCCGUUGGCCGUGGGGCAAGAAGCCUUGCUGGAAACUGGAGCUGGAGACUCAUCUGCCUAUGCAUGGCAGGACCAUCAUCAUUAUGCAUUCUUCUCCUGGCAUUCAUUCCUCAUGUUGGCUGAUCUCCAAAGGACGAGAGCGCGAAGGACUUGCUGGUUUCAUUCGGUUCCACGGCGGUGGCGAUGAAAACAACCCACUCGUCAUCGCUCAGUUCAGAGAGAUCAAAGAGACAAUCUCAUUCGAACAGCAGAAUAAAUUCGAGUCCUAUCGUGCAUGGUGGAAGACUUUCGUGGGCCUGAAGUCAAACAGAUACCGAGGAUUCAUUCUCAUCAGUCUUGGAAUAUUCGAGCAGACUAUUGGCUCCAGCAUCAUUACCUUUUACCUCAGCAGUGUUCUCGACCUGGCUGGCGUCACUUCAGAAAAGUCGCAAUUUGCCAUCAAUCUGGGCCAGAACUGUGUCGCGUUCAUUUCAGCACUAAUCGGCAUAUGCUUUAUUGAUAAAUUGGGUCGUGUAAAGAUGCUUGUAGGCGGAACCCUUUUCUGUGCUGCCGUUCUGGCUUGCAUGGCAGGUCUCACUGCACAGCAAACAGACAACCCCGCUGGAAGGAACGCAAUAAUUUCCAUGGUUUUCCUCUUUCAAAUGGGAUAUUCGUCGACCUGGACGCCACUUUCGUUCUCUUACUGCGCCGAAGUUCUCAAUUUUACGAUCAGAGCCAAGGGCAUGGCUUUCUACAACAUCUUCACAUCAUCUGCGGGCUUCAUCAACCAGUAUGUUAUAUCGAUUGGGCUCGCAAACAUCGGAUGGAGAUUCUACAUCAUUGGCGUCUGUUGGAAUAUCUUUGCUGCCACAGUCAUUGCAUUCACGUACCUGGAGACGAAGGGCUUGAGUUUGGAGCAGAUUGACAAGCGUUUCGAGGGUAUUCCCCGUGAUCAGCUGGACGAUAUUAUCGAGACGUACAACGGAAUGAAGCCCAUCUCGGAGGCAGAACUUGGGAAAGUACCUGUUGAGCCAGUGUCCACUGAGAUGCAAGUAAAUGUCAAGAAGAAUUGA